AUGGCUCACCCUAGUCAUCUCGUCCAUCAAGACAUUGAUACAAAGGCACCAUCCUUUGAAGUCACCUCUCCCAAAGACGAAGCGACCGAUCUGGUAGAGCCCCAAGAUACCAGCCGAAACAUCGGCAUCUGGGAAGCCCUCACUCGUCGCAACAAACCCGCCGACCUCGACGCCAUCGCCACUGAGCGUAGUGUCUUUGACGAUCCCCACCUCUCCCAAUUUUACCAGCCACCACCAGAGUAUGAGAACUUCCAUCGCUUCGACCCAAGCGAAAGAUGGACUUAUCGCGAAGAAUACGCCGUUCGCCGCAAGACUGACCUAAAGAUCUUCAUCUGGAUCCUCGUCAUGUUCUUCGGUCUUAACAUCGAUCGCGGUAAUCUCGGCAACGCAGCUGCUGAUAAUUUACUCGAUGAUCUCAAGCUUAAUACCAACGACUUUAACAAUGCGCAGAACAUGUAUCGCAUUGGAUUCCUCGUUGCAGAAAUUCCUUCGCAGAUGAUCGGCAAGCGUCUUGGCCCUGAUCGCUGGAUCCCUGUUCAGAUCAUCCUCUGGAGUUUAGCGUCGGGCGGACAGUUCUUCAUGCAUAACCGUGCAGGAUUCUUUGCAUGCCGUUUCUUUAUCGGCUUGUUCAUGGGUGGUUUUAUCCCAGACUCGAUCCUCUAUCUCUCGUACUUCUACAAGAAGACUGAGAUGCCUAUACGUCUUGCCCUCUUCUGGUUCGUCGAUUCCAUGUCUGGUGUCGUCGCCUCUUUCAUGGCCUACGGUAUCCUACACAUGCGCGGUGUCGCUGGCAAAGAAGGCUGGCGCUGGCUGUUCCUCUUGGAAGCUUUGGUCAGCUUGGUAGUUGGCGUUCUGAGUUUCCUGUUCCUCGUCCCUGGACCGACACAGACCAAGACGUGGUGGAAUCCUUCGGGCUACUUUACCGAGCGUGAGGAGAAGAUCAUUGUUAAUCGUGUUCUUCGGGAUGAUCCGUCCAAGAGUGGUAUGCAUAAUCGCGAACCGAUUACGUUGGGGAUGCUUUGGAAGAGUCUCAAAGAUUACGACCUCUGGCCUGUGUACGCUAUUGGCAUACUGUUUGAGAUUCCGACCGCACCGCCCAAAACUUACCUAACGUUGUCUCUUCGAGCUUUAGGCUUCAGCACUUUCAACACUACGCUCUUGGCGAUUCCUGCUACAGUUUUUGCAGCUGUCAACAUGCUCUGGAUCACCUUUCUUACUGAGAAGUUCCAUCAAAUCGCCUUGUUCGGUCUCCUCACCCAGCUUUGGGUCCUUCCCUUACUCAUCGUUGAGUACACAUCGGUCCAGAAUCUAUCGCAUUGGGCCCAAUACGCUGUGGCAUUUUUGAUCAUCGGCCAGCCGUCCGUGCAUGCAGCUCAAGUUGGUUGGUGCUCCAGACUGUCCGGCUCGGUCCGAACCCGAGCCAUCAGUGCGGCUUUGUACAACAUCACCAUCCAAUUGUCGGGCAUUGCUUCGUCCAACAUUUACCGUGAGGAUGACAAGCCGCUCUAUCAUCGCGGAAACAAGAACUUGAUUGGCAUCACAGUGGGAACUAUCUUUGCAUAUGCUUUUGCCAAGGGAUAUUAUACCUACCGGAAUAGGUCCAAGAGGACUAAGUGGGAGAGCAUGACUGCGCACGAAAAAGCGAAUUACCUCAACAAUACUAGCGACCAGGGUAACAAACGUUUGGACUUUUUCUUCGAUAGCUAG